GACCCCAGAGAUUUCACCCAUCCAUGAUGGCAUGUCAACUGGUGUGGACGUUGUUCAGGCCAGCAAGAGGAAGUGUAUGCCUGCUACUGUAAAUCUGACCAAGAACCCAUGGUAAGGGAGCUCACAGAAUACCACAGUGUCAGUCAGGGUACAGAAAAGAUGGAAAAAAGGAUAUGUGCCCUCUGUCCCAAAGAGAACGACUGGAGUGUGAUAUACUUUGCACCAUCAGUGAAUAUAGCUGCUCACGAAAAUUGUUUGCUGUACUCAUCAGGACUGGCGGAAUGUCAGGAUCGUGAUCCAUAUGAUACAGAUAGAAAUUUUUAUGUGAAAUCAGUGAAGAAAGAGAUCUGGAGAGAACAAAGAUUGAAAUGCUCAUUUUGUAAAAAAAAAAAAAAAAGAGGAGCCACCGUGGGAUGUGAGGAAUCAUCCUGUGCCAAGAAUUAUCACUUACUCUGUGCCAAAAAUGACCAAGCAGUUAUACAAGUUGAUGGAGUUCAUGGAACCUACAAAUUAUUUUGCCAACAACAUGCUCCAAAACAAGAAGAGACCACGCAGAGUGCUGACUGCCCAAGCCUGAAGAAAAAGAGAGAAAGGGAGAAAGAUCUCUCAUCAGACUCUCCCACACAGCCUACAAAGAAGAAACAUGACAAAAUACACAUGACGGUAGAGCACCUCAGUCACACGGGUGCAGUUGUCAAAGUUUCUUUUCUUAAGAAAUGCAAGGAUGCAGGACUUCUUACUGAAUUAUUUGAAGAGAUACUACAACGAAUGGAUUUAAUGUAUGCAAGACUCAUGGAUGAGACCACAUCAGAUGCAGACUAUAAAGAGAUUGAGACCUUACUGUUUGGCAGUGGAUUGUUUGAAGACACAUUAAUAAAAUUCCAAGAAGUAAUAAAGCGGAAAGCGUGUGAAUAUGAAGAAAGGCAGAGGCAGCUGAAGCAGCAGAUUGAAGCCCUUGGAGACUUAAAAGAAAUCCUGUGCUCAUUUCAAGAAUAUGGAGACCUGGACCACUCACGUUCCACCUCGGUCUCCUUGGAGGACCCCCAGCUCAAAUGCCAGGAGUGUGCGGAAAUGUAAGCAGGCUCAGAAGACAGCCUGUGACAGACACACACACAGUCCCCAUGUCUCUCUCACCUGCUACUGCUGAUCUACGCUUCACACCUGACUGAGUGUUUUCUGUGCCCUCUCUUGUCAUCUCACUUGUCUGGCUUUUUCCUUGCCUGUAAAAACUGUUCCUCGGGUCAACUGCCUCAGGCCUCCCCUCUGCUCUCCAAGCAGUGAGGAGGUCUUCCUACCUUCCCCUCCCACCCAGUCAAGUGCAGCAACACCAGAGCCUUUCACAUCCUUCUGUGGAAUCCUAGAACUUUCUCUUGCCUCUGCUGCU